AAAGGGGAAGCAGUCAAGGCUGAGAUGUGUGGUGCAGUUUAUGCAGCAAGACUUAAGAAAUAUAUUGAGAAACAUUGCCAAGUGGAAAUUGACCAAUGGUUCCAUUUGGUGGACAGCCAAACAGUGUUGGGAGCUAUUCAACGGGCUAGCUAUGGCUACCAGUCCUUCUUUGCCAAUAGGAUUGGAGAGAUCCAGAGAACAACGCUAGUUAAGGAUUGGUGGUGGAUCCCAGGUGACUUAAACAUUGCGGAUAUUAUCACAAGGGGAGGUAGUCCAGAAGGCCUAAAACAAGAUUCUGCAUGGCAGAGAGGGCCUGUGUUCUUGAAAUGGCCAGUGGAGGUUUGGCCAAUUAAGUCAGCUGCUGAGAUUGCAACUGCUGCAAGAGAAGCUAUUAACAGACUUCAGAGGAAAGCAUUCUCUGCAGUACUAACCAGAAGUCUGGCUAAGAAAAAGAAAGGCUCCGUCCUCCUGGAGAAAAUUAAAGUGGGCGUUCAUGAGGGAGGAGGAAAUGACCUCAUUGCAGAUUCAGGCAAUUCUGCAAGUCAGAAGGGAAAGGCUAAGAUUGCUCCAUCUGGAAGGAUAUAUGACUGCAUAGUAGCAAGUAAGUUACUUGAAGUUGAAAGAUUCAGCAAAUUGUCCAGACUGAUCAGAGUUACUGCUUGGGUGCGUCGAGCUGUGAAGAAGUGGCUGAAGAUAAGAACUAAGACCUUGGGUUCAUCAAAGUGGGAGGUAAAGUCUUUGGAAGAAAGUGUCAACGAAGCUAUCUUGACGGUAAGAGAACAGGAGGAUGCCCUUGAAGAUCUCUUUCUAGCAGCCCAAGAGAAUGUGAUUUUUUCUGAUACUACCCUCAGUAGGUUGGCAGUGUACAAGGAUGAAAAUUCUGGACUGUUUGUUUGUGGAGGAAGAAUUCAAAUCUUCAAUGAGGAUAAGACUGCAGUUCCAAUCUUACCAUAUAAUGCAUAUGUAUCUACACUUCUGGCUCAGGAAGCUCAUCAAGUAAACCAUGAAGGAGUGGCUGGAACUUUGUUGAGAAUGAGAAGAAAAGCUUGGAUUAUAAAAGGCCGCAGACUAGCUAAAAAAUCCGUAGACUGCUGUGUGACCUGCAAGAAGGCAAGGUCAAAGCAAUGCCAACAGAUUAUGGGAGACCUUCCACCAGAGCGGUCAGAACCAGCUGGACCAUUUGAAUUCACAACCCUGGAUUUGUUUGGACCUUAUUGGGUAAAAGAUGAAAUAAAGAUGAGGGUGAGACUCAAAGUUUGGGGAGUUGUGUUCUGUUGUAUGGCAUCAAGGGCUAUCCAUACUGAUAUUGUCAGUGACCAAUCAACAGAAGGAUUUCUGCUGGCAUACCAAAGAUUCACAGCUUUAAGAGGACAUCCUAGGAAACUGUGGUCAGACUCAGGAUCAAAUUUUAUCGGGGCCAAGCCUGUUCUUGAGGAUCUUCAUAAGUUCCUAGAGCGACAAGACCGAGAAAAGUUAGGAAUUGAAGCAGCCAAGAAUGGCACGGAAUGGUCUUGGAAAAUUCACCCGGCAGGUUCCCCUCACCGGAAUGGUGCAGCAGAAGCGGCUGUCCAUUUAGUUAAGCGGGCCCUACUGAAUCUAGGCUGUAACAAAGUUAUGUCAUGGGGGGAAUUUCAAACUUUUCUUUACACGGCAAGCAAUCUGGUCAAUGAAAGACCUAUUGAUGCCAGGACACAAAGUCGAGAAGACUGUGUGGAAUAUGUAAGUCCAAACUCUCUUCUCCUGGGUCGUACUGGGAGAAAGGGGGAUCAAGGAAGUUUUGAGUUUGAAGGCUAUCCAUACAGAAGGCUAAGAAUCAUCCAGGAAGAAGUCAACAAAUUCUGGAGAAGUUGGUGUCAGCUGGCAGGUCCUAACCUCUUUGUAAGAAACAAGUGGCAUACUAAAGAGCGGAACGUUGCCGUGGGAGAUGUGGUAUGGGUGGCUGACCAGAAUGCUCUAAGAGGUCAGUACAAGAUGGCCAGAGUCGUCGAUAUAAAUGCAGACAAGAAAGGAACCGUGAGAGAUGUAAUGGUCAGAGUAUUCCCCAGCUAUCCUGUCUCGAUUGUUAAACCAAACCAAGCAGAAACCGGCAAGAAUGUCAAACCAACAAAAAAGCAUUGUGACAAAAUUCCAGCUACGAUUCUGCGUAGGGAUGUGAGACGUUUGGUAGUUCUGAUUCCCAUUGAAGAACAGUAAAGACAUUUCAGCUAAGAAGUGUGUGUGACCUCCUUCGGUCAGUUGACCAGGAGCUCAAGUGGGAGGUGUUAAGUUGAAUUUGAGAGAAAGAAAAAAAAAGGAAAAAAAAGAGACAUGGUUAAAAAGUAUAAAUUCAUCAUUGGUAAAGAAGAUUUAAGAUCAAAAUGAGUGCAGCCUAUUGGUUGGGAGCACAUGGUGCAACCUGGGAGAAUCAAGGUAGCUGAUUGGUCAUUGAAACUCCACAUCUCCAAACUCCACCAGGUGUGUGUGAUUACUGGGAGCAAGAGGGAACUUUGUUUGCAGUAAAUGUGCUUCUCCUACUGAAUUUGGUGGGUUUUGGUGUUCAAAAUACCAAAGGAGAAAGACUGUUGAAAAGCCACAAUGUUUCAUCAACUUUGAGAUGCAACUGGUUAUUAAGCUAACCUUCUGGAAUUAUCAUUGAGACAAGUACAAAAGAAGAUCUAGUCAAU